GCUAAUUACUGAGGAAAUUGCCCCAGCGCGCCGCAGAGCGCCUCGCCGAGAGCCGGUGGCUGCCGCCCCACACGGACGCCUCGGCUGCAGGGAUGGAGGUGAUGGACAGCUGCCAGUUCUCCCCCUCCGAGCUCUUCUAUGACAGCUCUUGCCUCUCCUCGCCGGAGGGCGAGUUCCCCGAGGAUUUCGAGCCCAGGGACCUCCCCGCCUUCGGCGCCCACGAACCCCCCGAACCCGCCUGCUCCGAGGAAGAGGAGCAUGUCCGAGCUCCCACCGGCCACCACCAGGCCGGCCACUGCCUCAUGUGGGCUUGCAAAGCUUGCAAGCGAAAAUCCACCACGAUGGACCGGCGGAAGGCGGCCACCAUGAGGGAGAGGAGGAGGCUGAAGAAAGUGAACCAGGCUUUUGAGACCCUGAAGAGAUGCACCACUGCCAACCCCAACCAAAGACUCCCCAAAGUAGAGAUCCUGAGAAACGCCAUCAGAUACAUCGAGAGCCUCCAGGAGCUCUUGAGGGAACAGGUAGAAAACUAUUAUCACCUGCCGGGACAGAGCUGCUCCGAACCGACCAGCCCCACUUCCAGCUGCUCCGAUGGGAUGGCCGACUGCGGCAGCCCCGUCUGGUCGGCGAGAAGCAGCAGCUUCGACGCCGUCUACUGCCCCGAGAUGGCCCACGGGUAUGCCGCCGAGCAGAGCGGCGCCCUGUCCAGCCUGGACUGCCUCUCCAGCAUCGUGGACCGCCUCUCCCCGGCGGAGGAGCCGGGGCUGCCCCUCCGCGACGCCGACUCCCUCUCGCCCAGCGCCAGCAUCGACUCCGGGCCGGGGACGCCCGGGACGCCGCCCCCGCGACGGACCUACCAGGCGCUAUGAGCGGGGGUCCGGGGGGGCCAGCACCUCGCCGCCGCCUCCGGGGCCGCUGCUCCCCCCGCACCCCCGGGAUCGCCCCCCUUGCCCAGCCGCGUCCCGCAGACGCCUCCCGGGCGAGAGGGGCAGACGCAGAGCCGCUUGCCCCGCCGCCUCCCGCCGGGGCUGGGGGCAAAGCGCCCCGGCCCGGGGUCCCCCCCGGGGCAGACAGACCCCGGGGCUCGGGACACACGCGAUACCCUGGAACCCCCGCUGCAAA